AUGGAUGCAAAUGAUUACGACAAUACCAGCCCUGACGGUGAUGAUCGAUCUAUGGCCUAUGGCUCUUACACGCCUGGCGGAUCCCGUGAUAUGCUUCAAUCCGACAAGGCGAAGAGGAAGCGAAACUUCAGCAACCGAACCAAGACGGGUUGUCUUACAUGCCGAAGGAGGAAGAAGAAGUGCGACGAGCAGAAGCCGGAAUGUAGCAACUGUCUUCGUGGAGGCUUUGUCUGUGCAGGAUAUCCUCCGCAGCGAAAUACGGCUUGGCAGAAGCCGGACAGCAAGGCCGCCGCCAUCCCCUUGGAGUCCAAAGACCCCAGCUACGUCCCACCUGGCGCAUAUGGUAUGCCACAGCAAGCUCCUUAUGGCAGCCAACCAGCUGUCGGACCAAGACGAGAGGCAUUACCUCCCUACCGUGGCCAGCCCUUGCGUAUAGACCCUCCUCAGGGCCGACCCCUACUGACUGACGACGACCGGCCGACAGCCUCGACGAUUCCCAGUGCAUCGGUUGCGAGCCCCGAAACCAAGCUAUCCGCCAUUCCCUACACUCCAGCGAACGCCUUCCCGACGCCAAUCAGUGCUCAAGGGCCUCCUCAUGCCCCCUUCUCGGAGAGAAAGGACUACCAGCGUGUGCCCCCGUUGCACGACAUUAGCAGAACUGUGCCGGAACCGGAGACGCCUCAUCCUGGCAACACGCUGCCGCAAAUCAACAUUCUGCACCCCACGAGGUCGAACAGCCCCAUCCCGCAGCCUCCAGCAACUAGCAACGCACAAGUCGCCGCGCAGCUGGCCUUGUCGCACACCCAAUUUUCUUCCAGCCGAUCUAGGACGACGAACAAGGAGGAUAUGCUUGCCGGCAAGCUGUACUAUCCAUUUGAUAAAGAGCUUGUUCUUGAGCGCGAGCGGUGCAGCGCUGCAUGUUGGCGGUUCAACAACUCGACGAACCCCAAUAACGGUGUCUCACCAACCGAGCGAGGCCGUUUGUUCCGUGAGAUUUUGCAACCUCGCGACCCUAUCCAAAUCUCGCCGACGGUUGCGUCGCCAGUGACCAACAUGGGAAGAGUGGGCGAGGACGUUGUUGUGGAAGCGCCUUUCACUUGCGAUUACGGGUACAAUAUCUCCCUUGGGAAGAAUGUCGUUGUUGGCCGAAGUUGCACCAUCAUCGACACCUGCGAGGUCAAGAUUGGCGACAAUUGCCACAUUGGCCCGAACGUGAGCAUUUACGCGGCAACGCUACCCACCGACCCUAAGAAGCGCUUAGGUAGCAGGGGCCCUCAACUUGGCAAGCCUGUCACCAUCGAAGAGGACUGCUUCAUUGGUGGAGGCGUCAUUAUCCUGCCAGGCGUCAGGAUUGGGCGCGGAAGCACCGUUGGGGCCGGUGCGGUUGUCACCAAGGACGUCCCUCCCUUCACCAUCGCUGUCGGCAACAACGCUAGAAUUAUCCGCGGCAUUUCCUCCUAA